GGAGCUGGAUGUUUUAUCCGCGGGGCGCACGCUGCGGGCCCUUCGUGUUCCGGACGCUAAACACCGAGAGCACCCCGGGUCCCCGAGCCUCCGGAGAACGCUGUCCCAUGAACGCGCGAGGAGCGGCCCCCGGCGUCCGCGCGUCCCCGCAUCCCCAGCAACUCCCGGCGUCCCAACGGCUUCCCGCUGGCAGCCCCGAAGCCGCACCAUGUUCCGCCUCUGGUUGCUGCUGGCCGGGCUCUGCGGCCUCCUGGCGUCAAGACCCGGAACAAAUAUCCUAUAUUAUUCCAAUAGAUGAGAAACUGUACACUGUGCACCUUAAACAAAGAUACUUUUUAGCAGAUAAUUUUAUGAUUUAUUUGUACAAUCAAGGAUCCAUGAAUGCUCAUUCUUCAGAUAUUCAGACUCAAUGCUACUAUCAAGGAAAUAUUGAAGGAUAUCCAGAUUCCAUGGUCACACUCAGCACGUGCUCUGGACUGAGAGGAAUACUGCAAUUUGAAAAUGUUUCUUAUGGAAUUGAGCCUCUGGAAUCUGCAGUUGAAUUUCAGCAUGUUCUUUACAAAUUAAAGAAUGAAGACAAUGAUACUGCAAUUUUUAUUGACAGAAGCCUGGAAGAACAACCAAUGGAUGACAACAUUUUUAUAAGUAAAAAAUCAGAACCAGCUGUUCCUGAUUUAUUUCCUCUUUAUCUAGAAAUGCAUAUUGUGGUGGACAAAACUUUGUAUGAUUACUGGGGCUCUGAUAGCAUGAUAGUAACAAAUAAAGUCAUCGAAAUUGUUGGCCUUGCAAAUUCAAUGUUCACCCAGUUUAAAGUUACUAUUGUGCUGUCAUCAUUGGAGUUAUGGUCAGAUGAAAAUAAGAUUUCUACAGUUGGUGAGGCAGAUGAAUUAUUGCAAAAAUUUUUAGAAUGGAAACAGUCUUAUCUUAACCUAAGGCCUCAUGAUAUUGCAUAUCUACUAAUUUAUACAGAUUAUCCUGAUUAUUUGGGAGCAGUGUUUCCUGGAACAAUGUGUACUACUCGUUAUUCUGCAGGAGUUGCAUGGUACCCCAAGGAGAUAACUCUGGAGGCAUUUUCAGUUAUUGUCACCCAGAUGCUGGCACUCAGUCUGGGAAUAUCAUAUGAUGACCCAAAGAAAUGUCAGUGUUCAGAAUCCACCUGUAUAAUGAAUCCAGAAGCUACGCAAUCCAAUGGUGUGAAGACUUUUAGCAGUUGCAGUUUGAGGAGCUUUCAAAAUUUCAUUUCAAACGUGGGUGUCAAAUGUCUUCAGAAUAAGCCACAAAUGCAAAAAAAAUCUCCAAAACCAGUCUGUGGCAACGGCAGACUGGAGGGAAGUGAAAUCUGUGAUUGUGGUACUGAGGCUCAAUGUGGACCUGCAAGCUGUUGUGAUUUUCGAACUUGUGUACUGAAAGACGGAGCAAAAUGUUAUAAAGGACUGUGCUGCAAAGACUGUCAAAUUUUACAAUCAGGCGUUGAAUGUAGGCCGAAAGCACAUCCUGAAUGUGACAUCGCUGAAAAUUGUAAUGGAAGCUCACCAGAAUGUGGUCCUGACAUAACUUUAAUCAAUGGACUUUCAUGCAAAAAUAAUAAGUUUAUUUGUUAUGACGGAGACUGCCAUGAUCUCGAUGCACGUUGUGAGAGUGUAUUUGGAAAAGGUUCAAGAAAUGCUCCAUUUGCCUGCUAUGAAGAAAUACAAUCUCAAUCAGACAGAUUUGGGAACUGUGGUAGGGAUAGAAAUAACAAAUAUGUGUUCUGUGGAUGGAGGAAUCUUAUAUGUGGAAGAUUAGUUUGUACCUACCCUACUCGAAAGCCUUUCCAUCAAGAAAAUGGUGAUGUGAUUUAUGCUUUCGUACGAGAUUCUGUAUGCAUAACUGUAGACUACAAAUUGCCUCGAACAGUUCCAGAUCCACUGGCUGUCAAAAAUGGCUCUCAGUGUGAUACUGGGAGGGUUUGUGUAAAUCGUGAAUGUGUAGAAUCAAGGAUAAUUAAGGCUUCAGCACAUCUUUGUUCACAACAGUGUUCUGGACAUGGAGUGUGUGAUUCCAGAAACAAGUGCCAUUGUUCGCCAGGCUAUAAGCCUCCAAACUGCCAAACACGUUCCAAAGGAUUUUCCAUAUUUCCGGAGGAAGAUAUGGGUUCAAUCAUGGAAAGAGCAUCUGCGAAGACUGAAAACACCUGGCUUCUAGGUUUCCUCAUUGCUCUUCCUAUUCUCAUUGUAACAACCGCAAUAGUUUUGGCAAGGAAACAGUUGAAAAAGUGGUUCACCAAGGAAGAGGAAUUCCCAAGUAGCGAAUCCAGCUCAGAAGGCAGCACUCAGACAUAUGCCAGCCAAACCAGAUCAGAAAGCAGCAGUCAAGCUGAUACUAGCAAAUCCAAAUCAGAAGAUAGUGCCGAAGCAUAUACUAGCAGAUCCAAAUCACAGGAAAGUACCCAAACACAAAGCAGUAGUAACUAGUGAUUCCUUCAGAAGGCAACAGAUAACAUCGAGAGUCUUGCCAAGAAAUGAAAAUUCUAUCUUUCCUUCUGUGGUCACAGCUGAAAGAAACAAUAAAUUGAGUGUGAAUCAA